GGCGGAUCACUAGGUCAGGAGAUUGAGACCGUCCUGGCUAACACGGUGAAACCCUGUCUCUACUAAAAAAACUAAAAAUUAGCUGGGCUUGGUGGCGGGCGCCUGUAGUCCCGGCUGCUCCGGAGGCUGAGGCAGGACAAUGACAUGAACCCGGGAGGCGGAGCUUGCAGUGAGCCGAGAUCCUGCCACUGCACUCCAGCCUGGGCGACAGAGCAAGACUCGGUCUCAAAACAAACAAAAAAAGGAAUGAUGGAGGGGAACAGUAAUGAAGACGAAGGGAGACCCUGAGUGCAGAUGAGCGGAUUGAUUCUAAAGACUCAUGUUACAUGAGGAAGCAACUCAGAAGAGGAAAGGAAAGGAGCCAGGCAUGGCUCUUCCUCAGGGACGCUUGACUUUCAGGGAUGUGGCUAUAGAAUUCUCAUUGGCAGAGUGGAAAUGCCUGAACCCUGCGCAGAGGGCUUUGUACAGGGAAGUGAUGUUGGAGAACUACAGGAACCUGGAGGCUGUGGAUAUCUCUUCCAAACGCAUGAUGAAGGAAGUCUUGUCAACAGGGCAAGGCAAUACAGAAGUGAUCCACACAGGGACAUUGCAAAGACAUCAAAGUUAUCACAUUGGAGAUUUUUGCUUCCAGGAAAUUCAGAAGGAAAUUCAUGAUAUUGAGUUUCAGUGUCAAGAAGAUGAAAGAAAUGGCCAUGAAGCACCCAUGACAAAAAUAAAAAAGUUGACUGGUAGCACAGACCAACAUGAUCACAGGCAUGCUGGAAACAAGCGUAUUAAAGAUCAGCUUGGAUCAAGCUUUUACUCACAUCUGCCUGAACUCCGUAUAAUUCAGAUCAAAGGUAAAAUUGGUAAUCAAUUUGAGAAGUCUACCAAUGAUGCUCCCUCGGUUUCAACAUCCCAAAGAAUUUCUCGCAGGCCCCAAAUCCAUAUUUCUAAUAACUAUGGGAAUAAUUCCCCGAAUUCUUCAUUACUCCCACAAAAACAGGAAGUACACAUGAGAGAAAAAUCUUUCCAAUGUAAUGAGAGUGGCAAAGCCUUUAAUUGUAGCUCACGCUUAAGGAAACACCAGAUACCCCAUUUAGGAGACAAACAAUAUAAAUGUGAUGUAUGUGGCAAGCUCUUUAAUCACAAGCAAUACCUUACAUGCCAUCGUAGAUGUCACACUGGAGAGAAACCUUACAAGUGUAAUGAGUGUGGAAAGUCCUUCAGUCAGGUAUCAUCCCUUACAUGCCAUCGUAGACUUCACACUGGAGUAAAAUCUCACAAGUGUAAUGAGUGUGGCAAGAUCUUUGGUCAAAAUUCAGCCCUUGUAAUUCAUAAGGCAAUUCAUACUGGAGAAAAACCUUACAAGUGUAAUGAAUGUGACAAGGCUUUUAAUCAGCAAUCAAACCUUGCACGUCAUCAUAGAAUUCAUACUGGAGAGAAACCUUACAAAUGUGAAGAAUGUGACAAAGUUUUCAGUCGGAAAUCAACCCUUGAGUCACAUAAGAGAAUUCAUACUGGAGAGAAACCAUACAGAUGUAAGGUUUGUGACACAGCUUUCACGUGGAAUUCUCAGCUGGCAAGACAUAAAAGAAUUCACACUGGAGAGAAAACUUACAAGUGUAAUGAGUGUGGCAAGACCUUCAGUCACAAGUCAUCCCUUGUAUGCCAUCAUAGGCUUCAUGGUGGAGAGAAAUCUUACAAAUGUAAGGUUUGUGACAAGGCUUUCGCGUGGAAUUCACACCUGGUAAGACAUACUAGAAUUCAUAGUGGAGGAAAACCUUACAAGUGUAAUGAAUGUGGGAAGACCUUUGGUCAAAAUUCAGAUCUUUUAAUUCAUAAGUCAAUUCAUACUGGAGAGCAACCUUACAAAUAUGAAGAAUGUGAAAAGGUUUUCAGUUGUGAAUCCAGCCUUGAGACACAUAAGAUAAUUCACACCGGAGAGAAACCAUACAAAUGUAAGGUUUGUGACAAGGCUUUCGCGUGUCAUUCCUAUCUGGCAAAACAUACUAGAAUUCAUAGUGGAGAGAAACCUUACAAGUGUAAUGAGUGCAGCAAGACCUUCCGUCUGAGGUCAUACCUUGCAAGCCAUCGCAGAGUUCAUAGUGGUGAGAAACCUUACAAGUGUAAUGAGUGCAGCAAGACCUUCAGUCAGAGGUCAUACCUUCAUUGCCAUCGUAGACUUCAUAGUGGUGAGAAACCUUACAAGUGUAAUGAGUGUGGCAAGACCUUCAGUCACAAGCCAUCCCUUGUAUACCAUCGUAGACUUCAUACUGGAGAGAAAUCUUACAAAUGUACGGUUUGUGACAAGGCUUUCGUGCGUAAUUCAUACCUGGCAAGACAUACCAGAAUUCACACUGCAGAGAAACCUUACAAGUGUAAUGAAUGUGGGAAGGCUUUUAAUCAACAAUCACACCUUUCACUUCAUCAUAGAAUUCAUGCUGGAGAGAAACUUUACAAAUGUGAAACAUGUGACAAAGUUUUCAGUCGCAAAUCACACCUUAAAAGACAUAGGAGAAUUCAUCCUGGAAAGAAACCAUACAAAUGUAAGGUUUGUGACAAGACUUUUGGGAGUGAUUCACACCUGAAACAACAUACUGGAAUUCACACUGGAGAGAAACCUUACAAGUGUAAUGAGUGUGGCAAAGCCUUUAGCAAGCAGUCAACACUUAUUCACCAUCAGGCAGUUCAUGGUGUAGGGAAACUUGACUAAUGUAAUGAUUGUCACAAGUCUUCAGUAACGCUACAACCAUUGCAAAUCAUUGGAGACUCUAUAAUGAAUAAAGAUCUAACAAGUGUAA